AUGGCGGGGCCCGGGCAAAAAGUGCUCUUCAUUCUUGGAGGUGGACCACGUAUUGGCCAUGCUGUGGCCAAGAAGUUCCUGAGUCAAGGAUACAAAGUGGCCAUAGGGAGACGCAACACCGACAAGACGGAUGUUGAUGGUGCCCUUCCUGUGCAUGUCGAUGUCACCAAGCCCGAGACAAUCGAAGCAGCGUUCCAGGAGGUUGAGUCGAAACUUGGAGUUCCAAACGCGGUUGUCUACAACGCUGCUGCCCUGACCUUCCCUCCAGACAAGGAUCCGUUCGCUGUGGACCCAGCCGCCUUCUCACGCGAUCUCGAAAUCAACGUAGGUGGUGCGUACGCCGCCCUGCAUCAUGCGACUCGCCUCGCCCGGCGCCACAACAAUCCCCCCCUGGUAUACAUCGCAACGGGCAAUGUUACUCCCUUCCAGGCUCACCCCCUCGCCGUUACCCUCGGCCCUGGCAAGUCCGCGCUAGCUCACCUCAUCUCGGUCGGGACUAUCGCGUAUGAUGCCAAGGAGUUCAGGCUCUAUUUUGCUUCUCAGGUUACCGAUGAGGGUGGCCCGGUGCCUUAUCCCCAGGUGAGCGGUGAGGCGCAUGGAGAGGCUUAUUGGAAGCUCAUGAACGAGGAGGGACACGAUUGGGAUGUGAGAUUUAGUGUAGCCUCUGAUGGGUCGCCGAGGUUUGCCUAG